AUGUUCUCUCCCGUUGCCGCUAAUUUCGACCACGGUGGGCCCGUCGACAUCGGCGUAGAUCAUGAUACAACCCCGAAGGCGAAAGUCUUGCGAACUACCCGUAGGUCAAAGGAGAUCGCUCCUCCAAUUUUUCAACGACGAAGUACUCGCAUUUCGAAUAGGACAUCUUCAUUGCAAGAGCAAUAUGCGAAGAAGGCUCCUAAUCAGCGAGACCUGACACCCCCGGGGGAUAUUUUCGGCCCAGAUCCUACUCGACAGCAGCUCGCCAGUACCGUAUCACAAUCGAUGCCGCAGUCCCCGCAGAGCUUCGGACUUGCCGCAUUUUUGCAAGUUUUGAAACCACCUGCUAUCCCUAUCCAAAUUCCGUCCUCUAUUAGCUCGAGAAUAUCCACGGCCACAAAAGGACUGACAAAGUCAGACCUCAACCUGAACAGCUCAUCACACGAGCUUCGAAAGGUGGUUCCAUUCUCUCCUAUGUUAGAUCAGCUUCUUCCGGACAUCCAGGAUUUCCUCGCUGGUCCUGAGUUUGAUGAUGGCGCAUGGUGGCUCAACAAAGUGAAGCCUGACCUCACUUCGUCUCACCUGCCCCGUCAAAUUUUCACAGAGCAUGACACCGAAGAUUAUAUAUGGGCCGUUAUCAUACGCCCCGCUAUUGCCGUCAUUCAUCACUGCUUAUACGGAGACGAACAUCAUGACUUUCCUGGUGCAUCUUCCAUUGGUGGCUCAUCGCCAGUCCCUGAUGGUAUCCUCUUUGGAAAAAAUAUUCAAGACUUAGUAGCCGUUUUCGAGUUUAAGAAUCCGGUCGUCUUAGACAAGAGUGAAGAAACCUUGGAUGAACUUCUUCAAACUUGGCCGAAGAUGAAGCUCGGGCGCGCUGCCAAGUUCAAUUGGCCUCAGAGGAUUAACGGUUUGACAAAGACGACGAAGCUAUUGUGUCAGGUAUGGCGCCAAAUGGAUGCCAAAAAAGUCUUCUAUGGCGUUCUUUCGUCGUACAAGCGAACCUACUUCCUUGUGCGCUCGGCAGAAGAUCCCAGUGCAUUGUACAUUUCACGCAGUUAUUCUUACGAUGAAGACAUCCUAUUCAUAACCACUGUCUUCAUCGCAUUAGCUGUGGGAUGUUUGCGAACCAAGCAACUUUUACUUCCGAAGGUCGAUAUCGCACACUGGACAGGAUUAGGACACUCUGAGAAGCAUGAUCCUACCAUACCUGGCCUUGUUGAACUUACAAUGGCACCAAAAGUCCCUGGGGAAAAUGAUACUGUCACCGACCGUGAAGAGAAAUUCAAGUGGGUGGAUAAGGAGAGCGAUGAUUGA